CUCGGGCACGCCGGCCCGCGCCCCCCGCCCCGCCCGCAGCUCCCGGCCUCGCCCCGCGUUCCGUUCCGAGAGCCGCGAUCGCCGGGCUGAAGGAGCCCGGCGCGGCGUCUGCGCCGUCGCCGGGGAGCUGGCGCCGAACUCCGCGAUGGAAUAAUGCCCAGCGGCCCGCCCGAUCCCGGUAAUUUUCUGAUGACGGCUAAGACAUGAGAUCUUCAGCCUCCAGGCUCUCCAGUUUUUCGUCAAGAGAUUCACUAUGGAAUCGGAUGCCGGACCAGAUCUCCGUCUCCGAGUUCAUCGCGGAGACCACCGAAGACUACAACUCGCCCACCACGUCCAGCUUCACCACGCGUCUGCACAACUGCAGGAACACCGUCACGCUGCUGGAGGAGGCUCUAGACCAAGAUAGAACAGCUUUACAGAAAGUGAAGAAGUCUGUAAAAGCAAUAUAUAAUUCCGGUCAAGAUCAUGUACAAAAUGAAGAAAACUAUGCACAAGUUCUUGAUAAGUUUGGAAGUAACUUUUUAAGUCGAGACAACCCAGAUCUCGGCACCGCCUUUGUCAAGUUUUCUACUCUCACCAAGGAACUGUCCACACUGCUGAAAAAUCUGCUCCAGGGUCUGAGCCACAACGUCAUCUUCACCCUGGACUCCUUACUCAAAGGAGACCUGAAGGGAGUCAAGGGAGAUCUCAAGAAGCCAUUUGACAAAGCUUGGAAAGAUUACGAGACAAAGUUUACAAAAAUCGAGAAGGAGAAGAGAGAGCAUGCCAAACAGCACGGCAUGAUCCGCACGGAGAUCACCGGGGCCGAGAUUGCCGAAGAAAUGGAGAAGGAACGACACCUCUUUCAGCUCCAAAUGUGCGAGUAUCUCAUUAAAGUUAAUGAAAUCAAGACUAAAAAGGGCGUGGACCUGCUGCAGAACCUUAUCAAGUAUUACCAUGCGCAGUGCAAUUUCUUCCAAGAUGGCUUGAAAACAGCUGAUAAACUGAAACAGUACAUUGAAAAACUGGCUGCUGAUUUAUUUAAUAUAAAACAGACCCAGGAUGAAGAAAAGAAACAGCUAACUUCACUCCGAGACCUAAUAAAAUCUUCUCUUCAGCUUGAGCAGAAAGAAUCUAGGAGAGACUCCCAGAGCCGGCAAGGGGGCUAUAGCAUGCAUCAGCUCCAUGGCAAUAAGGAGUACGGGAGCGAGAAGAGGGGAUACCUGCUGAAGAAAAGCGAUGGGAUCCGGAAAGUGUGGCAGAGAAGGAAGUGCGCUGUCAAGAAUGGCAUCCUGACCAUCUCACAUGCCACAUCUAACAGGCAACCGGCUAAGCUGAACCUUCUCACCUGCCAGGUUAAACCGAAUGCCGAGGACAAGAAGUCUUUUGACCUGAUCUCACAUAAUAGGACGUAUCACUUUCAGGCGGAAGAUGAGCAGGAUUAUAUAGUGUGGAUAUCAGUAUUGAUGAAUAGCAAAGAAGAGGCCCUGACCAUGGCCUUCCGUGGAGAGCAGAGCGCUGGGGAGAACAGCCUGGAAGACCUGACAAAAGCCAUCAUUGAGGACGUCCAGCGGCUCCCUGGGAAUGACAUCUGCUGUGACUGUGGCUCGGCAGAUCCCACCUGGCUUUCAACGAACUUGGGUAUUUUGACCUGUAUAGAAUGUUCCGGCAUCCAUAGAGAAAUGGGAGUUCAUAUUUCUCGCAUUCAGUCUUUGGAACUAGACAAAUUAGGGACUUCUGAACUCUUGCUGGCCAAGAAUGUAGGAAACAAUAGUUUCAAUGAUAUUAUGGAAGCAAAUUUACCCAGCCCCUCACCAAAACCCACCCCUUCAAGUGAUAUGACUGUACGGAAAGAAUAUAUCACUGCAAAGUACGUGGAUCAUAGGUUUUCAAGGAAGACCUGUUCAUCUUCAUCGGCUAAACUGAGUGAAUUGCUGGAGGCCAUCAAAUCCAGGGACUUACUUGCACUAAUUCAAGUCUAUGCCGAGGGGGUGGAGCUAAUGGAACCACUGCUGGAACCCGGGCAGGAGCUCGGGGAGACAGCCCUUCAUCUUGCUGUUCGAACUGCAGACCAGACAUCUCUCCAUUUGGUUGACUUCCUUGUACAAAACUGUGGGAACCUGGAUAAGCAGACAGCCGUGGGAAAUACCGCUCUCCACUACUGUAGUAUGUAUGACAAACCGGAGUGCCUGAAGCUUCUUCUCAGGAGCAAGCCCACUGUGGAUGUCGUUAACCAGUCUGGAGAGACUGCCCUCGACAUAGCAAAGAGACUAAAAGCCACUCAGUGUGAAGAUUUGCUUUCCCAGGCUAAAUCUGGAAAGUUUAAUCCACGUGUCCACGUAGAAUACGAGUGGAGCCUUCGACAGGAAGACAUGGAUGAGAGUGACGAUGACCUUGAUGACAAACCGAGCCCCAUCAAGAAAGAACGCUCCCCAAGACCUCAGAGCUUCUGCCACUCCUCCAGCAUCUCCCCCCAGGACAAGCUGUCCCUGCCAGGACUCGGCACUCCACGGGACAAACAGCGCCUGUCCUAUGGCGCCUUCACCAACCAGAUCUUCGCCUCCACAAACACAGACUCGCCCACAUCCCCAACCUCAGACGCGCCUCCACUGCCUCCUAGAAACGCCGGGAAAGGUCCAACGGGCCCACCUUCAACACUCCCUCUAAGCACCCAGACCUCUAGUGGCAGCUCCACCCUAUCCAAGAAGAGGCCUCCUCCCCCACCACCUGGACACAAGAGAACCCUUUCCGACCCUCCCAGCCCACUACCUCACGGGCCCCCAAACAAAGGCGCAGUUCCUUGGGGUAACGAUGUGGGUCCGGCUUCAACAAAUAAGACUGCAAACAAGUUUGAGGGACUGUCUCAGCAGUCCAGCACUGGAUCUGCAAAGACUGCCCUCGGCCCACGAGUUCUUCCUAAACUACCUCAGAAAGUGGCACUAAGGAAAACAGAAACCAGCCAUCAUCUCUCCCUAGACAAAGCCACCAUCCCACCAGAAAUCUUCCAGAAAUCAUCACAGCUGGCAGAGUUGUCACAAAAGCCACCACCUGGAGAACUGCCGCCGAAACCCACCGAACUGGCUCCCAAACCCCAGAUUGGAGAUUUGCCACCUAAGCCAGGGGAGCUGCCCCCCAAGCCCCAGCUGGGUGACCUGCCCCCCAAACCCCAGCUCUCAGACUUACCUCCCAAGCCGCAAAUGAAGGACCUGCCUCCCAAACCACAGCUGGGAGACCUGCUGGCAAAAUCCCAGCCAGGAGAUGUGUCGCCCAAGGCUCAGCCGCCAUCUGACGUGACUCCGAGGCCACACCCUGUGGAUCUUUCCCCAAACGUGCCUGCCCGAGAUGCCAUCCAAAAGCAGGCCUCUGAGGACGCCAACGACCUGACGCCUCCUCUGCCUGAGACGCCUGUCCCGCUGCCCAGGAAGAUCAACACGGGCAAAAACAAGGUGAGGCGAGUGAAGACCAUUUACGACUGCCAGGCAGAUAACGACGACGAGCUGACGUUCAUCGAGGGGGAGGUGAUCGUCGUCACGGGCGAGGAGGACCAGGAGUGGUGGAUCGGGCACAUCGAAGGGCAGCCUGAGAGGAAGGGGGUCUUCCCGGUGUCCUUUGUUCACAUCCUGUCCGACUAGCGAAGAGCAGGACCUCCUGGCCGUGCCCCUCCUCCAUGCAAGACUGCUGCCUGCACCCACUCCUGUGCACAGCGUGUACAUAGCUGCUGUUACCGAAUGCAAAACCCGCGGAAGGACCACCUGCAAGGGGAACGCAGUGUGUGCCAUAGUACCCUGCGGUCUUCCGCCUUUGCCCGUGUCAGGGGAG